AAUAACACUUCAGAGACUUCAACUCAACCUGCUGCAGCAGUUCAGGGAGCUCAUAUUUCUCAUAUUGUUCAGCAGAAAAAUUUUGAAAGACCUGUCUUCUGAAGAUACACGGGGCAGAAAAGGAGACGGAGAAAACCCUGGAGUUCCUUCUGUCACUUCUAUGUCUGUUCCAACUCCCAUCUGUCAGACUAGCAGUGGACAGUACAUUGCCACUGCCCCAAAUGGAGCUUUACAUUUGGCCAGUCCAGGAACAGAUGGUGUACAGGGACUUCAGACAUUAACCAGGACCAAUUCCGGCAGUACUCAGCAAGGUACGAUUCUCCAGUAUGCACAGACCUCUGAUGGACAGCAAAUACUUGUGCCCAGCAACCAGGUGGUUGUACAAACUGCAUCAGGAGAUAUGCAGACAUAUCAGAUCCGUACCACACCUUCAGCUACUUCGCUGCAACCAACUGUAAUGAUGACGUCUCCAGUGACUCUAUCAUCUCAGACAGCCAAGACAGAUGACCCCCAGCUGAAGAAAGAAAUACGGUUGAUGAAAAAUAGAGAAGCUGCUCGAGAAUGUCGCAGAAAGAAGAAAGAAUAUGUGAAAUGUCUGGAAAAUCGAGUUGCAGUCCUGGAAAAUCAAAAUAAAACUCUAAUAGAAGAGUUAAAAACUUUGAAGGAUCUUUAUUCUCAUAAAAGUGUUUGAUUCUUUAAAAAGAGUAUUUUUGUGGACUUGUCUAAAAAAUUAGAUUUUUUUUUGUAGUGGAGUUUAUAAAUUAAAAGGUCAAAAGUGAAGCUUAAUUUCUAUAUAUGCUUUUGCAAUGCAAAGAUAAAUGUCUUAUCCACGAGAUUUGGUGACAGGAUACCAUGGAAAGUGACCUCAAGGGAACUACUGGCACAACUGGAAGCUUUGUACAAAUUAAACAGAACAAGCAAGAA